AUGCAUUCUACCGAUAGAAAUUCGCGAUCGGAGAGAAGGUCAUCGACAAGGAGAUCAGCACGAUUGUCGACAGAAAAUGCUGGCAGCGACGACGAAUACGACUUGGCUGCAAGUGCUGUUCCAGAUGGAUUCCGUCCGUCAGCCAACAACAGGCCGAAUGUGCCAAGCCCGACCUCACCACCAUCACCAAUGCAACCUCGGAUCCAACUGCCCAAUUUUCCUCGAUCACCACCACCUGUUGCAACAAGCCCAUUAAAAGGCCUCGCCGAUUUCAACCGACCUUCCAGCACGUCGAAGCCUCCUCGCCUCCAUGAUUCCCUGACGCUCCGUAAUGACGGAUUGACAGCAAGUCGAGUUGGACAGGCCUCUUCGUCCAGCAGCUCUUUACAAGACGAUGGAUUAUACCCGGGCUCGACUCAGCCAUCCCACCCAUAUCAAAUGUAUCCCCAGAGAACAUAUAGCAAUGCCACUUCCUCGACGGGCCCAUCCUCCGAAACGGCUGAUGGGAGCCAUGGUCCGACUCACCCAUACACCCUGUACUCGCAAAGUACGACUACUCCAGAGGAUCCUACACAACACCACAUCCCUGUUGGCUUCAAUGGCAUGGGCAAUGGCUAUCGAAGACAAAUUGGCCCGGAUGGCGAGGAUGCCGGAGAUUUAAUUGGGCCACUGGGUCAUAUGGAAGAACUCCCGCCAUAUACACGGUAUCCUCAAGAUCCUUUUCAAGACAAGCUGGAAAAUGAGAGUGAGAACAAUACACCCCCUGUCGUUACGGUCGAUGUGACUCGAGCCACAACAGUAGGGCUUUCCCAGUCAUCACCAGUUCAGCCCAUUCCUGGUGCCGGUGGAAUUGGCCUUGCUACUCGAAACCCCGAAUUCGCCUCCACAGAAGACUUGGCUGGCCUGCCCCAUAGAUCUGGUUCUUCGAUACGCAGCAGAAGUUCUCUUGAGAGCUACCAUGAAAUUAAUGGUGCGGCUCGAGACUUUGCAGAAAAACCAAGCCCGAGCAAGUGGCAACGACGAGCCAAGAAGAAGCUAUGGGGCGUAGUGCCAUACUGGGCAAUAUGUCUAUUGCUGUCUGGCAUUGUUAUCAUGGGCGUGGUCAUGGGUACGGUAAUCGGCACGAUAGUGUCUAGACACGGCGGCUCAAAGCGCAAGGGUGAUAAGCAAUUUGACAAAGACCAACAAGGUUCGGAUAGUAAUGUCCAAUAUUUGGAUCGACCACCGCCUGGACUGCCCCCACUUGCAACAGGUUGCUUUGCACUCCCAACUAUGGAGAAGUAUCAAGUACCCAAGGCUUGCUUCAAGGAUUCAGAACAGACCCCAGCUUGGAGUUGCGAUAUGCCUUUCCGGUGGUAUUCGAUGAAUAUUACAGAACCCUUCAACAGCGCUGGAACUUGCAACUAUUCCUUGAAGCUCGCACCAUUUGAUGCCAAGGCCUCUAAGUUUAUCUAUGGAACGCAGCCCCCAGAUAUUCCCGAUUUUAGAUCUAUGUGGCUUGUAACUGACCUGGAGGAGAAGAACCGUGGCCCCGCGUGGUUUCUUCAGCUAAGAUAUAACAAGACUGUUAUGGUUCGGGAAGACCAGCUCACAGUCCCCGGCAAACCGAAUGCCAAGAGGGACUGGGGACAUUCCAAAGAUCCAUUUCCCUUUGUCGCCAACUCGCGCUUCCAGAGAAAGGGCAUGGCUGCCACCGAAGGAGAUCGACCGUGGAUUUGCACCUGGCCCAAUGUUCUGCUUCAGGUUUUCAUUUAUCCAAACCAGACUUUUACGCCACCGAGACCUUCUGCGGUGCCUAGCCCUUCAAUGCGCAGCCCGUUCUAUCAUCCCACUCCAACACCAACACCAGAUGGUCCGCCUGAUCCAAAGUUCAAGGAGCCGUAUCCAAAGCUUGUCAAGUUUGUCGAGAAGCGCCCGCCCAGUGCCGGCCUGUUUGCCCCAGCGACCUGCACACAAUACAAGAUCAUCAACGAUGGUCAGGACAAAGUACCUGUCAUGCAGGAUGGAAAGCCGGUGACAAUCACUAUUGACGAGGUGAUCAAAAAUCCGAAGCGAACAAUCACCCAGCGGUCUGCUGAGUCAAUGUCUGAGGAUAUUUCAUCGUUCUCGUCCCUUGAGAGCAGGGGCAUGGACCUGACUCCUUGUGGAUGUGUAUCGUUUUCGUGGUCUGUAUAA